GCUGCCUUCGCCGCAAACCUCGAAACGAGAUGUCUUCGCCUUCACCGACAAGGUGACUUUGAAGGUAUGAAGUUAACAACCCUGUAGCCAUCGAUUCGGAUCUCUGGUUUCAUCACCAUGGCGGACACCAUGUUACUGUCGUCCGCCGUCCGCCUCCCCACCCCUCCUCCAGGUGGUUCCUAUUCUCCCGGCCCUUCAGCACCCAGAAAGAGAUCACCUCCGUCUCGGUCGCCGUCUCCUCGACGCCGCCGACCUGCGCCCAUCGAAGACGGUGAUGAGCGGAAACCAAAGGGGGCAGAACCAGAGCGUGAGAUGGAUGAGAGGGAGAGACAACUGCUCGCGAGGUUCAAGCCCAGAGAAGCAGAUGAAGCAAGACGGAAACCCUUGACUGCGGAAGAAAAACAGGCGGCCGCAAAAGCAGAGUACGAGAAACUACUUACGAUGCGAUCGGGCGGCACCUAUAUACCUCCUGCGAAACUGCGUGCAUUACAGUCACAGAUUACCGACAAGUCGAGCAAGGAGUAUCAGCGAAUGGCUUGGGAGGCCUUGAAGAAAUCAAUCAACGGUCUCAUCAACAAGGUCAAUGUCUCCAACAUCAAGCACAUUGUCCCGGAACUGUUUGGCGAAAAUCUGGUCCGCGGUCGAGGAUUGUUUUGUCGGAGCAUCAUGAAGGCGCAGGCCGCUUCUCUACCUUUCACCCCCAUCUAUGCGGCGAUGGCAGCAAUUGUGAACACCAAACUCCCUCAAGUUGGAGAGCUACUCCUCAACCGGCUUGUUGUUCAAUUUCGAAAGGCUUUCAAGCGCAACGACAAAGCAGUCUGCUUGUCUUCCACCACUUUCAUCGCUCACCUGUGCAACCAACAAGUGGCGCAUGAGACUCUCGCUGCACAGCUUCUUUUGCUGCUUCUGCACAAGCCAACUGAUGACUCCGUGGAAAUUGCGGUUGGUUUGACUCGGGAAGUGGGCCAACACUUGGAAGAGAUGAGCCCACCUAUCGCAUUGGCUGUGUUUGAUCAAUUUCGGAGCAUUUUACAUGAAGCUGACAUCGACAAACGAGUCCAAUACAUGAUAGAAGUGCUGUUCCAGGUCAGGAAGGAUCGAUACAAGGACAAUCCGGCCAUUCGGGAGGAACUCGAUCUCGUGGAGGAGGAAGACCAAAUUACACACCAAGUCGAUCUUGAUGAUGAUAUUGAUGUUCAAGAUUCAUUGAACAUCUUCAAGUACGACUCACAGUGGGAAGAACACGAAGAGGCGUAUCGAAAAUUGAAAGCCGAAAUUCUCGGGGAAGAAAGUGGCGACGAGGAAGAUGGUGACGAGAGUGGCUCGGAUGAGAGUUCAGAGGAUGAAGAGGCUGAACAAGAACGUGCCCUGGAAAUCAAAGAUCAAACGAACACAGACCUGGUCAAUUUGCGAAGGACAAUCUACCUAACCAUCAUGUCCAGCCUCGAUUUCGAAGAAGCCUGUCACAAGCUGAUGAAAAUCCAACUCCCGGCGGGCCAGGAAUCCGAGCUACCGUCCAUGAUCAUUGAAUGCUGUUCCCAGGAGAAGACAUACUCGAAAUUCUUUGGCCUCGUCGGUGAAAGGUUUGCCAAGCUUAAUCGGCUUUGGACGGACUUGUUUGAACAGUCCUUUGCCCAAUACUACGACACAAUCCAUCGCUACGAGACAAAUCGGCUACGGAACAUUGCUCGGUUCUUUGGACAUCUUUUAGCUACCGAUGCCAUUGGCUGGCACGUGUUUUCCGUGGUCCAUCUCAACGAAGAAGAGACAACUUCCAGCAGUCGUAUCUUUAUCAAGAUACUGUUCCAGGAUCUGGCGGAAGCUUUGGGUCUGCCUGAGCUUCAGAAGAGGAUGAAGGACGAUAUUCUCCGGCCCAGCUUUUCAGGACUUUUCCCAACAGAUACACCUCGCAACACACGGUUCGCCAUCAACUACUUCACGUCCAUCGGCAUGGGCGCCCUCACGGAGGAAAUGCGCGAACACCUCAAGAAUUUACCGAAAGCUGAACCACCUGCCCUUCCGGCACCAAAGGAUGAUGUUUCGGACUCUGAAAGCGUCAGUUCAUAUUCAAGCUAUUCUAGCUAUACGACGAGCAGGUCAUCCUCAAGAAGUCCGCCUCGACGAGCGGAGAGGAGGUCUCGGUCGUUAACUCCAGAUGACCGGUUGACAGGGAAGACUCGCCGCCACCGUGUAUCUGAUUCACCAUCAAGAUCUCCACCUCCCCCUCGCGGUGCCAACAGAAGGGGAAGGAGCUACAGCUCGUCACUAUCGCGCUCUCGCUCUCGUUCACCCGCACGACGGGUUGUACCGAGACGACGAUCGCGCUCCUAUUCCGUCUCUCGAAGCCCGUCACCAAAGCGAGGACGCGACACCGGCCCUCCGCGGGGACGAGCACGUACACGCUCAGGAUCGUACAGUGGUUACUCUGGUGAUUCUCGCUCGCCGCCUCCGCGUCGUCUUCCGGCUCGGCGCCAGGGCGGUUAUUCGACGUCACGGUCCAGAUCCCGCUCUCCACCACCACGCCAAGCCAGUCCUGCAGUGCAUCCAUCUCGUCAGCGCAACUUCUCACCUCCAAGACGUAAAUCCAGAUCACGUACACCACCGCGGUUCAGCCGUCGGCCAGCACCCAGAAGGAGCCCAAGCCGCAGUCUGUCGCGCUCGCCGUCGCGGUCCCCCCCGCCGAAGCGUAAAGCCGACAGAUAUUCGCCGAGCAGGAGCAGGAGUCGAAGUUUGACCCCGCCACGACGGAGAGCACCUCCCCCAAGGAGAAGGAAUUCGUCUAGUAUCAGCGGACGAUCAGCGUCUAGGUCGAGGUCUCCAUUACCUGCGCGAGGGAUCCAAAACAAAGGAGGAAGGAGACGAUGGUCACCGAGCCCGAGCCCGAACAGACGAGGUGGCGACGGCAGAGCGAGGGCUGCGGAUUUUGACUAGUCCUGACCGACCGUUCAUGGAUGUUGGGCGGAAUGGGUUGGCUUGGUAUAUUGGAAAGGGACGGAAUGUGUGCGAGGAACCCAACCGUGGCUGGUAUUUGGUUGUAGGACGAACAUGAUCCCAAAGCAAAAGAAUACGUCAACACAAGCCCAGCUUUUUGCAGGAGUGGGAGGUUGUGUCUCUUCUCAGCAUAGCGGCGAUAGCAGCAGUGACAGCGAAAGCGAUAGCGGUUUUUCACAAUCAGGUCUCGUUCCAGGUCAAUUCACCCACAGAAAUCAUUGCGGAGUCGUACGCAUGACCAGGUAUCCAUACAUAGGUACUACUAGGUAGUAAUGAGCAGCUCAAGACGCCG